AUGGAGGAAAAUAAUAGUUUAAAUAAUGAUAAAAACAAUUUUGUAACAUUUGAUCCAAGAAUAUUGUUACCACCACCACCACCAUCAUCAUCACUUGUUUAUCCACUUUAUACACCACCACAACAACAAGAAAAUUAUAAUGUAAAUUAUAAUGAUCAUAAUAAAAAUAAUAAUAGUAUUAAUACUACAACUUGUUACAAUGAAGAAUUAUAUAAAGAUAAUUCAUUUAUAACAUUAAAUGAUAGAUUCCAAACAAUUGAACAACAACAACCACAACAACAAAAUUAUAAUCAUAAUCAAGAGAAACCAAUUGAAUACACACAUUCUUAUGUUGUUAGUGAUGAUAAAUUAAAUACAUUUAAUAAUCAAUGGAAUGCUUCUUCAACAUCACAACCUUAUUACCCAAUUAUACCACCAUAUCAGCCAAUCAAUGAUAUUGCACCAACACAAGAGUUUGUUAAUAGAGUUGCCAUAAGACUUCGUGAAAUGGAAAUUGAAGAAUCUAGUGACCCAAAUGAAAUUCAUGAAGAAAAUAUAAUGGAUGCAUCUAUGAGCAUGUUAAUAUUAUUAUUAGGAAUGUUCUUUUUUGUACCAUUUAUCUUUUCAGUGCUUUAUUUGAAAUCAAGAGAUAAAUAUGCUAGAAGAUUUGCAAUAGUCUCAAUGUGUAUUGGUAUCGUUUACUUAAUAAUGAUUGGAAUUAUGCCAUUCUUAAAAGGAAAUGAUGAUGAUACAACUACAACUAUAAUUAUCUCUUAA